AAGGUCAUUGGUGAUCCAACGCGCAUGAUGAGCUGUUUGGAAUCAAAAGCAGUUCUGUAUCACGUGAACGCAUCACGUAGAUAAACAUUUCUCGUAUAUACUGAACCGUUUCAUACAACGAUCACACAGAUGCACACAAACAUGUUAAUGCGAUAUUUUUUUUUCCUCAUAUCUACAAGCACUUGUACUUUUGGAUUCAAAAGUUUCCAAAACAAGAUACCGAACGGAGAUGCCGUGCCCCACCCCUGUAAAUCAAAUUUUUUGUGGCAUGGAGUAGGUCACCUGAAUGAACUUGGUGGCGGAUCCAGAAACAGGUUUGGGAAGGACUUUGCUGCUGCGGGUUUGAAAUGGACCAAGGAUUUUUGUAACAAAGAUUCAGACGAGGACGGAAGGACAAACGGAGAGGAACUGGGUGAUCCAAAUUGUACGUGGACAGAGGGCUCUUCUCCUGAAACGGAUCGUGGAAUUUCACAUCCAGGAGUCUGUGAGCCAUACGAUAGUGACCUGUGCCGCCCCAAAAAUUCUUGGAUAAAUUGUGAACUGGAAAGUUUCAAGUGCGAUGCCAUAAAAAGUCCGGAUGUGAAAAAUAUGACCAUCAGAUUUCCCAAAACAUCGGUUCCCAAUACAGAGACGAACUAUUUUUGCAUGACCUUUGAUCUUCCGAUCGCAACUGAUGGUGAUUAUCAUAUCAUAGCAACGACACCUGUCAUUGACAACGAGAACGUGAUGCAUCAUACACUCCUGUAUGGAUGUGAUUCAGAAAAGCAAGAAAUGAUCAGUCAGCCAAAAUCGUGUCAGAUGGGUCUGUCCAGUUGCAACAAACUGUUUGGGGCGUGGACGGUAGGAUCUGCAGGACAAUGUACCAACAAAGAUGCCGGAUUUCGGAUAGGAAUCAAAGGAUUCAGAAGAGUGAUGAUGCAGAUGCAUUGGAACAAUCCGGAAAAGCGAGCUGACCACACCGACAGUUCGGGCAUGACUCUAUAUUAUACCCCAAAUCUUCGCCCUAAUGAUGCAGCCAUAUACAUGGUGGGACAGAUUUAUCUUGAGAUACCCCCGGGGAGCAAAAGGUAUGCAACAUCCUCAGUUUGUGACGCAGAGGACACACGAGAGCUGCUCAAAGCGCCGAUCAAAGUCACUCGUGCAUUAAAUCACAUGCACUAUCUAGGACGUGAGCAAUAUGUGGAAGUCCUACGGGAUGGAGUAAAGAUCGCCUCCCUUACCAACGAAUCCACCUACAGCUACGACAGGCCUAGAUUUUUCCCGUUACCCAAUGCCAUACAGAUUCAACCUGGCGAUGAAAUAAAAACCACGUGUAUAUUUAAAUCCAUUAAUAAAAAGAAGACAACCUUUAUGGGCCGUGGAACAAGUGAAGAAAUGUGCUUUGGGUUCUUGGAAGUCUAUCCCAAUGAUAAUCUCCGUUCCCGAUCAUGUGUCAACUGGCGUAGCAUCUCUAUGACAAAGCUCUAUAGUAGAAAAGAACCGUACCCAUAUGAAUGCAAAACUUACGACUUCCUCAACUUCACCCAUCCAGAAACGGCUCCAUUAUUUCAAAAACUAAAGGAAAAUUGUAAACCAUUAUCUUGGUGUUUGAAGGAAUGCAAAGAAGUCGUCAAAGAAGUUCGGAAGCAUCCUUGUAUGGAAGGUGACAUGGGGAAAUUUACGAGGGCCGUUGCAAUUAACAGAUUCGACGGUGACAUCCCCUUGUUCAUGUCUCUGAUUCAGUCUUGUGAUCUCGAGUUGUUGGAAGAGAAAUUGCAGAAUCAGAUGGUCAAAGAUGAUGGGAGAAGUGGCAGCAGUAUUUUUCACUUGAGAUUUUAUGAAGUGGUUUCAUUAUUUCUGUUUGUUUCAUUUAUACUUUUAUGCUAGUUGCAUCAUCAGAUAUAUUGCUCUCUAGCAUUAUGUUUAACAUGAAUGUUAGCGAACGUAGGAUUAGCUAAUAGUAUACCAUUGAAUUAUACAUGUCCAAGGAGCAGGGGUCGAAAUUAACUUUUUCUACCACAGGCUAAUUUUAGCCUGUGGGUAAAAAAUCCACAGGCUAAAAUGAAAACCUACAAGCUAAAAUAAAAAUAAUGAAGCAGUG